AUGGGAUUUUUAGCGCACAUUUCGAAAAGAUUCGAGAGACAACCGCACAUUUCAAUCAGCCUCGGUCUGUGCAUUUCGUUCAGGCAGCAAUGGGAACGAUCCAAAGGAGUACUUGCCAGAAAGUCGAGCGAGUGGCGGCCGAGCGGGAGGACGCCGUGGGAAGCGAUUGGCUCGCGUGAGACGGCUGCGGCGGCGGUGGAAGACGUCGCCAAAGCCGGCGCCGGGCGGGCACUGGGCGGGGAAGCCAGGGCUGAUGCGGCCGCGUGUGGGGCGGGGCCGCCCGCGAUCAGGCCGAACGCCGGCUGCACCGCGACGCCGCCAGCCGCGGUCCCAGUCCUGCUGCUUUCCGACACCUUUAGCAAGAAAAACAGGAGCAGCUCGCCCUUCCGUGCAGUUGUUGAGCGGGACGCCGCCUUGCUGGCCUUCGUCGAAAGGUCUCCCGGCGACUUUGCUCCCAAGUCAGAGGCAGCGGUUGGGCUGCGGAAGGAGGUGGAUGUCGCCCUGGCCAGCUUGGGGGUGGAAUCUGAGGCCGCGGUAGAACUUCCCCGGCGCGAAGGAGGUGAGGCGGGGGAGCCGGCUGCGGUGCUCGACGCCCGGGCGCGCGAGACAGAGGGAGGAGGCGGGGAGAAGGUAGGGACUCUCCGUGCAGACGGGGGUGCGCGAGCAGACAGUGUGUUGGCUGGAGUAGAAGUUGGGGGGGACAACGUGCGAGCGCGGACCGUGGAGGAGGCGGUAGGGGAGAAUGCGCCCGAAGUCGCAGGCGCGCGCGUCAGGGGGCGCCCGCGUGCCGGGGGAGAUGACACCUAG